AUGAGUCUGUUACAUGCAACGCGUCGUUACAAACGUAGCACUCGUUUAAAUACUUGUUCUUCACUUUGGAUUCGGAUGGUCUCGGAUCCCAUGUCGAGUUCCGUCGGACCCAGAAUCGAAUUUGUUUUACCUGGGACGACGUCGACGUUCCACGAGACAUCUCGAGUCGAGAAAUUCUCCUACCACAACUUCUCCAAACGCUGCACUUCGACCGAUGAAAGUAUUGCAAGUAAUGGUGCUUCUCCAUCAUCAUUAAGAAUCACACCGCUUGAUGAUAGUCAUAAUAGCGUAAAUGAUGCGAAUCAGCAGUCUAAUAGAUCAGUACGUAUUCGUCCAAUGUCUGUUUUGGAAGGCAAAUGCUAUGAACAAGCAUAUGUUUCUCAUGUUGAUCAUCCAUCCGCAUUUUUCCUUCAACUGGCACAUUCUCGAGUUCAAUUUGAAGAACUUCAAGAAGAGAUCAAUAAAUUUUACCCAAACAAUCCAACCAACGAACCAGUAGAAUGGAAAUCUGGUGAUUAUUGUGUUGCUAAAUUUACAGACAAUCUGUACUAUCGUGCAAGAAUUAUUAACGCUCCGCAAAGCGGUAAAAAAUUAUGUGAUGUUGUGUAUUUGGAUUAUGGUAAUUGGCAUCCUGUUGCUAAGAAUGAUAUUCACCCUCUUCUUCCCAGAUUUGCUUCAUUGCCAGCUCAAGCAAUUGCUUGUUCAUUGACUAAGUCUUUACCCAAAGACGGUAGCGAUUGGGAAGCCAGUCCAGCAGCUAUUGAAUAUUUUAAAGAGCUUGUCUCUGACAAAUUUGUUAAUGCAACAAUAAGACGCAAAACAUCUCGUGAUUUCUGGCCGUUAAAGUUUGUUGAUUUAGAACUUUGUUCGCGAAAAAUAAACGUUCGUGAGGAAAUGAAGAAUUACAUUCGCGAAACGUCGAACGAACAAAUCUUUAUCGAAUUCGGUCGUCACCUAAAACGUGAAGAUUAUUUUAUUUACAGUAUUCCAUUCGUAGACGACAAUGUGAGUGAUGGUGACGAUGAAAUUGAAUAG